AUGAGUAGCAGCGAGGGCGUGGUGACGGGCCAGGGAACCGAAAACGAUCGCCUCUGCGAGGACGUCGACAUGGCGACUUCGACGUCCGCGUCGUCGAACCUGAAGCCGCGUAGCGGCAAGAUCAGCUUCAGCGUUGACUCGCUGUUGAGCGACAUGAAAAAGACCGGCGUCACCGGCGGCGCGUUCGCUGCUCGACGAGAGAACGACGAUCGAACGGACGCCGAGAAGAGCCUGGACAUGGAGGCGAGGUACCGCGAGCUGCUCCUCGAACAGCAGAGACUUCAAAGCCGUGAACUGCUGGCCAGGCUGAGUCCGCACGGGCUUGCGUUCGCAAAUCAUCAUCAUCAUCAUCAUCAUCAUCACCAUCACCCGUCGAGCAGAGUGGACCAGGAUCAUCCGUCGGCUGGCCGGCAGGAGAUCCUCACCGUGAAGGAUUUCUCGAGAACGAGCAGCCACGACAAGUCGUCGUCGCCGAUUAGAAUAGACCAGGAGGUGCAGAGGGAUCGGGACGAUCGACGACUGUCGAGCGGUUCACCGGCAAACAGAAUCCCGGAAUCGAUGAUCAUCCAGAGGGAACGUAGCCAGGAGGAGGACGAGAGGGUCGAGAGGAUCGCGAGCGAGCCGCGAUCGGUCUCACCGAUUAGUAGACGAGAGUUGAUGGACGAUAGAAGCGACUCGGAGGCGAAUCGCUCGCUGGAGGGCGACAGGACCGGCGAUCAUCUGGAUCUGGAGGAUCAAGAGAUCCGUAGCGUCGGCCAGUCGGAGGAUCUGAACGUGAUGGACUCGGACUGCGAGCUGGAGAGGGAGCUGGACAACAAUCAGGAGAAGGAGGAGAAGUCGAGUCCGGUAGUGCCUCAGCCGAUUCAUCCGGGUGUUCAGAGGCCGUCACAGGGUCCGCCUUACCUCGCCGGUGCACCCGGUGCUCCCGGCUGGAAUCCCGCGGGAUUCCCGCAUUCUCUCGCGGGCUUCGCGUGGCUGCCCCCACCCCCGCACCCGCACAAUCCUCACGGACAUCUUUACACACCUCACGGAGGGCCAACUAGUCCGAAUGACACGAUUUUUGGCAUGGAAGUUGUUGAAAGGAUCAGUCGAUUUCAGCAGACUGUCGCUGGAUGCUACAGUCACGCAAUUACGAUGAAUACAUUAGAGUAUUCCAUAAUUUCUGUUGGUUUAUUACUGUGUAAAACUGCUCGAUUGCAACAGUCUUGUCAGUUGUUAAAUUCGAUAUCAUUUAUUAACUGUUAA